GCGCCUGCGCAGUGGGGCUACAUCCGGGCACUGGGGCAGGAUGAAUGCUCCUUUCCAAGAUGGCGGCGGAGGGAGGAGGGAAGGAGAUGAACGAGAUUAAGACCCAGUUCACCACCCGGGAGGGGGUGUACAAGUUGCUGAGCCACUCGGAGUACAGCCGGCCCAACCGCGUGCCCUUCAACUCGCAGGGCUCCAACCCGGUCCGCGUCUCCUUCGUCAACGUCAACGACCAGAGCGGCAACGGCGACCGGCUCUGCUUCAAUGUGGGCCGGGAGCUCUACUUCUACAUCUACAAGGGGGUCCGCAAGGCUGCUGACUUGAGUAAACCAAUAGACAAAAGGAUAUACAAAGGAACACAACCUACAUGUCAUGACUUCAAUCACUUAACAGCCACAGCAGAAAGUGUCUCUCUCCUAGUGGGCUUCUCUGCUGGCCAGGUCCAACUUAUAGACCCUAUUAAAAAAGAAACUAGCAAAUUAUUUAAUGAGGAAAGACUAAUAGACAAAUCCCGAGUAACCUGUGUAAAAUGGGUACCAGGUUCGGAAAGCCUUUUCCUAGUAGCUCAUUCCAGUGGCAGUAUGUACUUGUAUAACGUGGAACACACUUGUGGCACCACAGCCCCACACUACCAGCUACUCAAACAAGGAGAAAACUUUGCAGUCCACACUUGCAAGAGUAAAUCCACAAGAAACCCUCUGCUUAAAUGGACAGUAGGUGAGGGGGCCCUGAAUGAAUUUGCCUUUUCCCCAGAUGGGAAAUUCUUGGCAUGUGUGAGCCAGGAUGGCUUUCUUCGUGUGUUUAACUUUGAUUCAGUGGAGUUACAUGGUACAAUGAAAAGCUACUUUGGAGGACUACUAUGUGUAUGUUGGAGCCCUGAUGGGAAAUAUAUUGUAACAGGUGGAGAGGAUGACUUAGUAACAGUUUGGUCUUUUGUGGACUGUCGAGUAAUAGCUAGAGGCCAUGGACAUAAAUCAUGGGUCAGUGUUGUGGCUUUUGACCCAUAUACCACUAGCGUAGAAGAGAGUGACCCAAUGGAAUUUAGUGGAAGUGAUGAGGAUUUCCAAGACCUCCUUCAUUUUGGCAGAGAUCGAGCAAAUAGUACACAAUCUAGGUUGUCAAAAAGGAACUCUACAGACAGUCGUCCAGUAAGUGUUACGUACAGGUUUGGCUCAGUAGGUCAGGACACGCAGAUCUGUUUGUGGGACCUUACAGAAGAUAUUCUCUUUCCCCACCAACCUCUCUCGAGAGCAAGGACACACACAAAUGUUAUGAAUGCCACAAGUCCACCUGCAGGAAGUGGUGGAACUAAUCCAGGAAGUAAUGGCAACAGUAUCACAACACCUGGAAACUCUGUACCUCCUCCUCUUCCACGGUCAAACAGCCUUCCGCAUUCUGCAGUCUCAAAUGCUGGCAGUAAAAGCAGUGUCAUGGAUGGUGCCAUUGCUUCUGGUGUUAGUAAAUUUGCAACCCUAUCACUACACGAUCGGAAGGAAAGACACCAUGAAAAAGAUCACAAGAGAAAUCAUAGCAUGGGACAUAUAUCUAGCAAGAGCAGUGACAAACUGAACCUAGUUACUAAAACCAAAACGGACCCAGCUAAAACUUUGGGAACACCUCUCUGUCCCAGAAUGGAAGAUGUUCCCUUGUUAGAGCCUCUUAUCUGUAAAAAGAUAGCACAUGAAAGACUGACUGUGUUAAUUUUUCUUGAAGACUGUAUAGUCACUGCUUGUCAGGAGGGAUUUAUUUGCACAUGGGCAAGGCCUGGUAAAGGGAUUAAAGCUGCAGGACCCUUCAGAACAUGGAUUGAAACUGGCAUUUCUGAUGUUCCAGCUGCUUGACCACAUUUUCCUUUUGCUUGCGAGGAGGGUUGUGUAGCCCAGGAGAUGAAGAAUCGCCCUGUUUGGGUUCCAGUUACCCCCUGCAUUUGAGAGGUUCCGGGACUCCUUGUAGUUCAUUGGUGGAUUCAGUGGGGUGCCCUACAUGCUUCCCAGAGCCACCACUUACCGUAGCCACCACUUCAUAUGUAGUAAAAUCAGCGCAUUCCCAUGUUUCACAGAAAAAUGCAUUUCUAACGAAGAAUGUCUAAACCUGAUGGUUCCCCUUCUAGAACCUGCAUUUCACAGUCGGCCUGUUAGAAAUACCAUAUUCUUUUAGGAUUUACCUUGUGCUUAGGUUACAGAGUAAUUUGCACGUGGACAUGUCAGACCACUGAUUAAUUCGUCACGAGAGGGGAAAUAUUGGUGUCUUGGGCUAUUUAAACGCAGAAGGUUCUUGUAAAAUGUUCUAAGCCAAUCUAAAUCCUUCUUGCAAGAAAAUGCGAUUUGUUAAUCCUAGCUGUGAAAACACAAUUUGUGGAAUAUGGUAUUACCGUGUAUGCUCUGAUUAAGAGUUCUGCUGUCACUGUCACUUCAUUUUAUUUGCUAUUUUGAAAUAAAAGUUUAUUUUCAAGCUUUCAGAAGUGCCGAAAUAAUUGAGUUGCUCUUAAAAAAUGUUGCCCUUGUGUUUAGUUCCAGUUUUUUUAGCAUUGUCCACGCAGAGGAGGGACUAUAUCCUUCUUGCUGUAUAAUUACUUGUGCAGCUACCUAAAUAGCUUCUUUUUUCAAAGCCUGAAUAUCAUGCUUUGUGUAUUUCAUAACCAAGCCAUGUAAAUCUACCUCAUGGGCUGCUGGCACAUAACACAAUUAAUGAGUAAAUUGCCCCAGAUUUGUGCUCUAGUUAAUUUACAGAUUGUAAGGAGUAGAUACAUGACCAGUUUGUCCAAGUUAGCUGCUUCUGAUGACUGUCUGCCCAAUAGGUGGUUGGGAGGGGCCCAUUUACAUUGACUCAGUCAAUGGCUACCCUAAAAUGAAACUGAGUACAAGAACAGACAUGUGACACCUUCCCCUUUGUACCUUCCUGACAGAAAAGAAAAAAAUACAAAGGGACAGCUUACCAUGGGAUUGCCUGACUUGCUCUGUAGUAGAGCUGUGUCAUGUAGCAAAUGUGGUGUUUUUGCACUCGGGGUGUAUGAGUCAGUUAUGGAUUGAUAGAUACGCUAAACAAUUUUGUUCGUUUUUGUAGGUUCCACAUAUAUAGAGGACAAUUUGAAGCACAGUGUACCUUGGUAUUUUCCAUACCUAUCUUCUGCCAUGAAGUCCAUCAUUCAUGUGGAUGCAUCCCAUGUCUGUACUGGUGGAUCAGAUAUCUUAAAUCUUAAAAGAAAAAUGACAGUUUUAUCUGAAACUAGUUUUUUGUUACUUGGACCCACCAGUUCAGAGCCCCUUCCACUUCUUUCUGUGGUUCACAAGAAUAGCACUGUUUUCCAUAUAGUAGUGGUUCCUGGGUUCUUGGAUCUAAGGGAGAAAGAGCUCCUGUAGAUUGUGAAUGUCACUGAUUCUACAUUCCUAUUGUUAGUUGCUGUCUGGUCUUGUAUAGCUUGAUGGAUCUCAGUCACAAGAACCUAAUUUUGAGGUAAGAAUUGAACCUGUCUGUAAAAUAGAUGUUUAGAGGAAUUGCAAGAAGGGCAUGCAUACCUGUGUAGCAAUGAGCAACGUGGUAUUGUUGAUCGAAUGUAGUUCCAGCUUAGAUGGUAUUUGGGUCUUCUGACUGACAUGUUUAUGACUACGUAAUGAAGGUGCGGUGUGCUUGGUGUAGGUGCUUGUUUUAAAUCUGAAGUCUGGUGUAGAAAAUAAACUUCAACAAAUGGCUGAAGAAACAAGUAGCUUGAUCAGAUGCUAACUUCUAUACAUACAUCAAAGCAAAAAAUACGUGCUUGAAUAUAUAUUAGUCUAAGCAUGUAUAACUGCAUUUGUAGCUGAGAAUUCAUAGUAAUCAAUGCACCUGAAAUAAAUCAAGCCACUAUUCCAUUUUAAAAUGCAGCAUAGUUAAAUGAGGUAGGACGCUUCUGAAGAAAAUCAAAGGUAAAAUUCCCUUAAAUUGUAUGUGAACUUAAAUAAAUUCUCUCAUUGAAUUUUCCCCCACUGUUUUCACUCCGAACUACCAAAUGGAAAAUUUAGUAAAAACUUUCAAUUGAAUUGUGUAUUACCUCUUCUUUCGCUGACUAGUGAGGGACCAAGAACUGGCACUCGGCAGUAAUGGAGGUUCACUGUCAAACUUCUGGGUUUUUUCUAAUACUGAUUGUAGAAUAAGCCCAUUCUGUUUGAUGUUUAAGGGUAUUUUUAGCAGUAUGACAGUGCUCAGAAAUUGCCAACAAUGGAAAAAAGUACAGGGCAAGCUGAAGUCAGCUGUGACAGGUUCAUACAAUGUAUCCUAAACGCACACCAAUGUUGAUUCAUCUCGGAAACACUGAUUGAAAUGUUAUCAUGGAACAGGGCAAGUGACAUUAUUUGUGUAAGAACUUGCAGUAGUACUUGGGUAGCAAUGAAGAAGAUGCUCUGUGGGUAGUACAGACGAACAGUUGUACUGAAGUUUGUUGCAGACAAUUUUUAUUUUUUAAAUUUAAUGUCAGGUUCUCUUGCUGGAUUAAUGUAAACUGCUUUGUUUGCAGGGUUUAUUGUCAUCCCAAAACCAGGCCAAUUCUCCAAGUGGAACUGUAGUAUAGCCAUCACACUACUGCUAGCAAAUCUUUGAACACAGGACAAGAAGUAAUGACAGUGGAACCAGCAGCUGUUCUUCAGGCAGAAAGCAUCACAAAAUUAUAAAAUGGCAGAGUGUAAACUCGGAAUUAUGUGAAUCACAUAGUACUUUGCAAAGGAAUAAUGUAAUGAGACCUUAUUACAGCUAAUAUGUCUAGGCUGCUCACCCAAAGAAGAGUUUUCCUUUUAAAAAAUGCUUCUUUUGGUGUUGCAGUAAAAAAUAGUAACUUUUCAGUUCUCUUUAUACUUUUCAAGUUUGGUGUAAUUUAAUCUCUCUCUCUCUCUCUCUCUCUCUCUCUCUCUCUCUCUCUCAUAUAUGAAUGAGAGAGAGAGAAUGUAAAAUAAAGUGUUUCUUAAAUCCAAAUAAGUUCAAUGGUUAAAUUAGUACUUCACCAUUGUUUAUUUUGCACUGAUUUUUUUUUUUUUUUAACCAGAGAUGGUUAGAAGACAGCCUGGAAUGCACUCAUGGAAAAUGAAAGUCAUUACUUUCUGGCUUAAAAAUGUAAUUCAGGAAGAUGGAUGCUGCAAUCAUAGAUUUUUUUUUAAACAAAAUUGUUUUGCACUUAAAUAGUCUAAUGCUAAUGGAGAAUUACUUUAAAAUGGGUGUUCAAACACCAGAAAAACUAUGUUGUGGAGAAAAGAUCCUUUGUAUCUAUUAAACAUUUAUUUUAAUAUUGUUGUUUCCAAUUGCAAUCAACUCUGUAUUAUAUGUAUAAAUGUAAUUCAGUGAUUUGGGGAAAUGGAUCAUUACACUAGUAAUUUUCAUCAUCAUUUACGAAAGUGAUAUUUCUAAUUCAGAAAAUACAUAUUAUUAAACUAUCUUGAAUAUGCAA